UGCCAGCACCACCACACACGACGAGUCGUUUAGUGGACCACACCGUCUGAGUUUGCAGAGACAUUAGUAGCCGCGGUCCCUCACGCGGAAACAGUUACCCACUGCGCUCGCUGGAGCAGCACUGCUGAGCUCCAGAAGCCGGCCAUUGCUCUUCCCGGCCUAGCUCUCCGCGUCUGCACCGCCGCGCCCUUGGCUAGAAGCUGCUAGCUGCGCAGCUAAAGAGCUCGCGCAUCGGGAAAAGCUGGGAGUGGCUGGAUUGGGAUUAUGUAAUUUUGCGGAAGCCAUCCACGCGUCAGCUCGCCGGCUCACUAUAUAGUCCUCCGCGUUCGAACACAGUGGAAAACGCCCUCCGCUGACUGGAGCAGCAGUCAGUGAGUAGCUAGACAACAGUGGAAGACUUCGUUGUCUGUCGCAGCGACCGUAGUAAACAGAGCGUCUGUGUGUGAGACGAGGGGCCGGUGACACCAGUAAGCUAAGUCCUGCCUCCUUCACCCUAAGGGUGUGUGAGAGGGUUAUGAGUAGUAGAGAGCUCAGUGAAUAUCCUGGUCACGAAGGAGACGAAACUACACACCACAAAUUUGCUCCCAUCCAAGAAUUGGACGAGGGGAGCAAAGGAGCCGAGACGACUGUCUACACCUGUCGCUACGACGACCGGAAAGUCAUGUCCAUUAACAGCAGGGAACGCCAGUCAUCCCCGAAGCACCUCCCACACCCCCACAGCCCCUCCUCCUCGUCCUCCGGACACUCCUCACCCAGAUCCCCACCCUCAAACCCGCCCCCUCCCCUCCCAGCCAGUACCAGCGGAGCUGGGCUGAAACAACAGCGACCGCCCCACCCUGCACCGUCACACGCCCCCAGGAGCAGGUCACAUGACAUCCUCUACAGUUACCACGGGGACCCAAACAAGGCGGCCUCCAAUUGGAAGUCUUCUCCCUUGAUGCAGCGAGGCCACACCCGGGCGUCAUCAGAUCCCAAGAAACAAGAGCUGUUGUUGGCAUUGUUAACGGGUCCUAACGAGAGGGGUUCCCCCUCGGGCCCAGGGUCUCCGCAAAUUCCCCCACAUCGACACCACCCGGAGCCGAUUGGUGACCACACCCCUCCACGUACUCACCACUCGUCACGUUUCAGCCCCGAGGGAAUCCAGGCAGAAACCGGGGAACGAAGGGGAGGCCGAGGGGGAGGGAAAAUGGGAGGUGGGAAGAGCAGUCUGGCAAGUGUAUCGUACGACACUCAGAUGAGACCGGGGGGCGUGGUUUCCGGAGUGGAGGGUGCGGAAGGAGGGAAAGAGGUAAUACCCACCAAUCACGUCGCGUUGAGAGUGGCGCAGUUCAGUGGGAGCUAUGCCACGGAGGAGAAAGAGGAGGGAGGAGGAGGGAGAGUAAAGAUGCCUUCUUCACCUGGUGGAAACGUAAGAAGUCCCGAGAUGGAGAAGGCAAAGAUUUUGACGAUUUCUCCCGGAUCGAGCGAAGAGGAGCUCGCUUCCAUCCACAGCGAGAGCGGCCUCGGCGAGGGGUCAGAGGUCACCGACGGAGGGUACUACCACCAUAAGGCAGAGGGGGUUCCCCCCGCGGGGAACUUUGACCCCGGACAUGUCCACCCACAGCUGUCGCAACCGACAUAUCUAAAUAGAGCACCCCCUUCUUCGACCUCCCAGCUGCCUCCGUUUCCCCACAACCCAGCUAGUUUUCCCUCUCUGUCGCAACCUCAUCCGUCCCUUUCCUACGAAACGGCCACUCACCACAGAGGUGGCGUGGAGAUUCCUCUGAAUAGGUCCUUCCCUCCCCCCCACCUUCACCAAAAACACCAUCCUCACACUCCGUACCGCCUCCCUCCCCAAUCGAACCCCUACCCGCCUCCUCAGUCACAUGACUAUCAUCAGAGAUCACAUGAUCAUCACAUGACGGGGUACCCAGGGUCACAUGAUCCUCACGUGACUGGGUAUCCUGGUUCAUCGUAUGAGCAGCACCACGUUUCCCCUCACCAUGAGCACCAUGUCACUUCUCAACACCGUAGCUACCGGCAACAGGGCCACGCCCACUCCCAGCAAGGCAACGCCUACUCUCAACAAGGCCACAUCCACCAGCGACCUUUGAUCUUGAAACAGAAUCUUCUCAAGGCCCACGAAGCAGCUGCCAACGGCAACCUCAAUGCACUGCGGCACAUGUUAGGAAACCAUGAGAUUGACACCCUGUGUAUGGACGACACCAGACUCACCCUCGCACACACUGCCGCCAUGACAAACAACCUCUCCGUCCUCGCCCUCCUCGUUAACGAGGGGGGCUUACCCCUACAUGCCCUCCAGCUCCCAGACGAGAAUCUCGUCUCUCCUGCCAUGGUCGCCAUUCAGAACGGGUGUCUGGAGGUUCUGCAGUGGCUGGUAGAGGAGGGGAAGGUGCCACUAGUUGUACAGGAUGCAGGAGGAGAGACCCUUCUUCACCACGCAGCGCACCACGGCAGUGCCAACUGUCUACAGUGGUUACUGAAGGUUGCCAAGCCUCCCAAACAAGAAGAACUUGUUGAGUUCCUGGACAACUUUGGAGUUACUCCAGCACACUUCGCUGCUCAGCAGGGUCAUCUGGAGUGCCUACAGCUAAUGAUAGACUACAACUACAGUGUCAUAACACCAGACAAGGAGAACCAGAAACCGAUUGACUGGGCCGACGCUAUGAACCAGACACUCUGUGUGAGGUAUCUGUUUAUGCACGAGACCUGCUGGGCGCUGUCGGCAGACGUGGCACACCUCUCCAAACAGCUGGAACUUCUCCAGCGAGAGAACACAUCUCUAAAGGAGAAGUUCUCAUCCCAGGAACAGGAGUACCAGCAGGCGCUUGGCAAGAUACAGACCCACCACAAGGAAAGGAUCGUCAAGAUACGAGAGCAGUACGUCGAUCUCACCGCCUCCCUCCUCAAGGUCAAAGGUGACAGUGGAGGAGGGGGUGCGGCAGGGGGCGGAGCUUCACCUAAAGUAAAGUGAGUUGCUCCAAUCUCUUCUUUACCGGGUAACGGAAAACUUUAGCGAAUCACGUAACUGCAACUUUUUCAUGAGAAAUGCAGACCUGCUAGGCUGGCGUGCAUGGUAUAUAUACAAAACCAAGGCAUUCGCCAAAAUUUCAAAUUGGCAAAAUUCGUGUGAACUUUAGUCAUAAGGUAUAUUUAUGUGCUCUGUUAUAUAUUGACUACCUACACAGCUAGAUAAUUAUAUUACUGUGUUUUCUGUGUUUGUGGUUCUAAAGGCCUCAACCAGCCACCAGAAAGGACUCUUCGCGACGCAGCAAACCUCCGUUGCCGCCCGACUCCAUCAAGAAGAGAGAUGGAGGAGGAGGAGGAGGAGAGGGGAAGGGAGAGGGUGUGGAUGGUGGAGGAGGAGGGGGAGGAGGCUUGGGCUUCUACAGAACAACCACACCUCAAGAAGUCUUGGAGAAGCAGAAGAACACGCUGACUCUCAGGAUGAACGCCAGUCGGAAGGCGAGAGAGGGACGCGAUACGCUGGUGAGUCGGGCCUUCUCCCCGAUCCACUACCGCCUGAACAGCAAGCAGGAGAGAGAGGGGAAACCGGCCAUGCGCUCUCAGAGACACCAAGAUCAGAACAAGUCUGCACUGAAGGUCAAGUUUUCGGAGGUCAAUGAGUACAUCGACCACGGUCACUAUGGUGAUGGUAGCAUUCACGGUCGCCAUGGAGAUGGGAGUCACGAACACGGGGAACAGGACACCGGUAGUCGAAAGGGUCAGAGUCCGUCGCACAAAUCGUCAGGACACCCAAGCCCAUCACAUUCAGGACACACCAGUUCAGGACACUCUUUGCAUGGGAGUCCGGGUCACAGUGGAGAUCGCAGUAGACAGUAUGAAGAUCUCGGAAAUAGUCAUUUGAGAGAUAAAUAGUCCAUAAUACAUCUCAUAGCCCAUUUUGUAGACAUUUCAGUAGAUCGUAUACACAA